AUGGUGAGUGCUGUGAGGGGAGGUGCUGAGAUGGUGAGUGCUGUGAGAGGAGGUGCUGAGAUGGUGAGUGCUGUGAGGGGAGGUGCUGAGAUGGUGAGUGCUGUGAGGGGAGGUGCUGAGAUGGUGAGUGCUGUAAGGGGAGGUGCUGAGAUGGUGAGUGCUGUGAGGGGAGGUGCUGAGAUGGUGAGUGGUGUGAGGGGAGGUGCUGAGAUGGUGAGUGCUGUAAGGGGAGGUGCUGAGAUGGUGAGUGCUGUGAGGGGAGGUGCUGAGAUGGUGAGUGCUAUGAGGGGAGGUGCUGAGAUGUGCGGUGAUGGGAGGGUGAGUGCUGAGAUGGUGAGUGCGGUGAUGGGAGGGUGA